AUGUUCAGGCUCAGCGCGCGAAGAUCCGUUGUUACUCGGGCACAAUGGCUAUCACCACACACGGCCGGCUCAACCGGUCUUCGCCUAAAAGCUGAGCAUCCAUCAACAAAGUCAUUAAUCUCGUGGAGGGAUUUUCACCCCAGCGCCGUGACCAAUGUUUCUUCCAAGCCGACAUGGAUGCCCAUGCGCGUCAAGACUCCGUGGAUCGAGGCGCUGACGAAGAGUCGCGAGGAUGCGCAGUCGGGCCAGACACCUCGUGCGCAGGGAAAGCCAGACUUGACACCAAAGAAAAUGUCAGAUAGUUAUUACAGUGCCAUUUUACCCUUGAGUCAAGACAAAUGGUUGCUGGAUUCUUACCUGAAUGCUUCGGGACAUAUCAGACUGGGAUCACUGCUGAUGGACCUGGAUGCCUUGGCGGGCAUCAUCGCGUACAAACACGCCGGUGAAUCAGUAGCUACUGUGACCGCGGCAGUGGAUCGGAUUACCAUCGAGCAUCCUCUAAUGGAGAUUUGUGAUCUUGAGCUGAGCGGUCAGGUCACGUAUGCCACGGGGAGAUCAAGUAUGGAGGUGUCCCUUCAAGUGACCAGGGUCCCUGCGGAAGGAGAACCGGUAAAACCGGAGGAUGUCCUUAUUACCUGCGCCUUUACCAUGGUCUCGCUUGAUCCCGCCACCAAGAAGCCCGUUCCUAUUGCACCUUUGCUUGUGGAAAAUGCGGAGGAACGUCUUCUCUUUCACAAGGGCGAGGAGAAUUAUCAAGCCAAGAAGGCUCUGAGAACGAGGAGUCUCCUGGAGAAGGCGCCUGACGCCGAAGAAAGUAAUUUGAUACAUAACAUGUGGACGAAGGAGAUGGCAUAUUUGAAUCCCGAGUCACCUGCCCAAAGACCUGACAAUAUGGUCUUUAUGAGCGACACAGUACUGAAAUCCGCCAUGAUUAUGCAACCGCAGGAUCGCAACCGACACAACUUUAUGAUCUUCGGUGGCUUCCUCCUCAAGCAGACUUUCGAACUCGCAUUUUGCUGCGCCGCCUCAUUUUCCCACGCCCGUCCCAACUUCAUCUCCCUGGAUCCCAGCACCUUCGAGAACCCUGUGCCCGUGGGAAGCGUUCUGUACCUACGGGCUACGGUUGCUCACACAGAACCCGUGGAGAGAGACGGCACCACAUACACCAAAGUGCAGGUCCGCGUCGACUCUAAGGUUAGGGACGUGGAGCACGGCAGCAGGAAAUCUACGGGCCAAUUCAACUAUACCUUCUUGGUUGAGAAAGACAUUCAGGUCAUGCCCCGAACUUAUGGUGAAUUUAUGCUCUGGACCGAUGCGCGCAGACGAGCACAGAAUGCUGCCGCCAUGGUGACUGGUUCUAGGGAGCCCAGCACUCUUCGCAACAUCAAGGAUAGUGUGACCGAGUAG